AGAAUGCCAUCCAAAAGCAAGAAAAGCAACCGCGUUGACAUAGCGUGCAGGGCUUCAGCAAACGACCUCUCGACUCUAUUGCCCCUGACGUACACCCCACCAUCUCUGCCAACAACCACCUACACCGUCUCUAUCCUUUCGGCCGAAUUCAUCCCCCCUUCGUUGCGUACCGUCAUAUGGAUUCUAUACGAGCAUAAUAUGCGCACGCUGAGCGAAGGGAGCAGCAUGGGCUGGGAUCCGAGAGCGAAAGCGAGAGAACUAUGGCACAGGGACAGCAGGUUCGUGCUUCUGCGAGAGCUGAGACGGGGAGAUGGAAAGGGGAAAGGAAGGGAGAUGGGGAGGGAUGAAACGUCCUUGGCGGCGUUUUCUAUGUUUCGGUUCGAUUGGGAGCAAUGCAUGGACGAUGAUUGGAAGGGCGAUGAGUGUGAGGUUCUGUACUGCUAUGAGCUCCAGGUCGCCUCCCCUGCGCGCCGUUUAGGAGUGGGGAAGUUCCUCGUCGACCAGCUCAUCCUCCUCGCACGCGAGUACAAGAUGCGUAAGGUUAUGCUCACCUGUCUGAAAGCGAACACACAUGCACUAGCGUUCUAUGCCUCUCAGGCCUUCACGAUCGAUCCUAUCUCCCCUAGUCAGCUACCCAAGCGUGAGAUGUCAGACGCGGGAAUAACGACCCUUCCUGGGGGUACACAGUGGGGAGAUGGUCGAACAGAAACUGGUGUGGAGAGCGAGGACCAGGGGACGGUAGAUGGGCACGGGGAUGGAGAGUGGGAGGAAGAGGAGGAAGAGGGACAGUGCGACUACGAGAUCCUCAGUCGACGAGUUGCGUAA